CCCUUCCCAUUAUCGCAAUGAACCGUGCUUUGUUCCAUAAAACUCCCAGGAGAGGUCUUCUCCUCAUGUCUUGCUGCGGCUUAUCAGGGAGAGAGAGAGAGAGAGAGAGAGAGAGAGAGAGAGAGAGAGAGAGAAUAAGGAUGGAAGGGAAGAGCAGAGGUUGCCAUGACUGCCAAGAACAAGUGGCGCCAUUCGUAGAGAAGACGUAUCAGAUGGUGAGCGACCAGAGGUUGGACUCCUUGAUCCGGUGGGGGAACCAGAACAACAGCUUCCUCGUGGUCGACCCCAACGACUUCUCGCAGCUCCUCCUUCCCUCCUUCUUCAAGCACCGCAACUUCUACACCUUCAUCCGCCAGCUCAACACCUAUGGAUUUCGGAAGGUGGAUCCUGAUAGAUGGGAGUUCGCUCAUGAGUCGUUCCUCAGAGGGCAGGCUCACCUCCUCCCUUCUAUCACCAGGCGGCGGAGGAAGACCCAAGGUGUCCUGCAUGAAAGCAGUAGCAGGGGCAGGGGAGGCGUGGAUGGGGAGGAAGAGCGGCUGCUACUGCAGGAGCUCGAGAAGUUGCGGCAGCAACACAGAAGUCUCGAGGAGGAGGUGAAGGCCAUGAGCAAGCGAGUGCAGGCCACCGAACGGAGGCCGCGUCAACUUAUGUCCUUCCUCGUCAAAGUGGCCGAGGACCCCAAGCUUCUCCUGCAAAGACUCGUUCGCUCCAAACAGCAGCAGCAGCUAUCUACGGAGAAGAAGAGACGGGUAUUCGCUUCCCCUACAACAACUUUGCUGCCUUUCGAUGAGGUUUCAGCAAUGCUUAAGCCGUCACGUACGGAACCAAAACCACUUGAGGUCGGUGGUUUUGAUCUUUCUGCACGUCAAACAAGUUCCCAACCUGAGUUUGGACUGAGCGGGACGAGUUCAGGGACAGCAUCAUCAACAGUAGCCUUCCCCUUCACCUUGCUCGACCAAGGAUUUUUCUAGCCUUACGUCUGCAGGUGCUACAGUAGCGAGAGACAAAAAAACAUCUGUAAGCUACAUCACAGUCGUGUAUCAUCGACGAGAUGGGACUUGACGAGCUAAUGAUGGAAGGCAGAAAGAGAGACCCGGAAGCCGACCUUUUGCCUCCUCUUUUCUGUGGAGUGAAUCGACACCGGACCCGGGGAAGGGAUAAGGGAGCAUGGAAUUCGAUGGCUUCACUUUCAAAUGAAGGAAAGGAGGAGAGUGGUGGAAGGACGACGACAGACCUGGCGUUGCACACGCGGCCGAAUUGCAGUGGUGGCGGCUCAAGACUAGCAAAGCACAGGUCCAACGACCAAAAGAACGACGCUCCCCUCGUAGUUACCUACCUUAUGUUGGUAGGGACCCCAUAAGAUGCAGCACAUGGCCUCCAAUCACGAAACAAGUGUGUCAGGUGUAAGUCCAGUCGGGUAGAAACAAGAAAAAAGGACUUUUGUCGAUGGAAAGCGGCUCCAUCGUCGGGGAAAAGAGAUAAGGGAACGGGAACCUGUGGUGGGACCCGUCGACACGAAGGUUCUACACUUGAAUAGUAAGCUUGUUUGUUCUCCUUUUCUUUAGAGUGAUGGGGAGUCCAAAAACGUCCACAACGUUCUCGGUUCA